AUCAAUUCUUUUACUGAUAAACAACAAACACCAGAAAAAUUACCUAUACCAAUGAUAGCAAAAAACCUUAUGUGUGAACUGGAUGAAGAUUGCGAAAAGAAAAAUAAGAAGGACUACUUAAGUUCUAGUUUUCUUUGUUCUGAUGAUGAUAGAGCUUCUAAAUGUAUUUGUAUGGACUCUGAUUCAUCUUUUCCUGGAAGUUCUAUAAUGGAAAGUUCAUUAGAAAGGCAGUCCUUAGAUCCAGAUAAAAGCAUCAAAGAAUCCUCUUUUGAAGAAUCAAAUAUUGCAGAUCUACUUGUUGAAUCACCAAAUUGCCAAGAAAAUACCUUGCCUAAAGGUGAUGAGAACCCUUCUGUCCAAGACAGUAACCAAAAAAUGUUAGCUCCUUCUUCAGAGGUGUUGAAAAUGUUAACUCUGUCUAAAAGAAGUGCUGUAGCUUUUCGAAGUUUUAACAGUCAUAUUAAUGCAUCUAGUAACUCAGAGCCAUCCAAAAUGAGCAUUACUUGUUUAGAUGCAAUGGAUAUUUCAUGUGCUUAUAGUGGUUCAUAUCCCAUGGCUGUAACCCCUACUCAAAAAGGAAGAUCCUAUAUGCCAUAUCAGCAGACCCCGAAUCAGAUCAAGUCAGGAACUCCAUACCGAACUCCAAAGAGUGUGAGAAGAGGGGCAGCCCCAGUGGAUGAUGGGCGAAUUCUAGGAACCCCAGACUACCUCGCACCUGAGCUGUUACUAGGCAGGACCCAUGGUCCUGCAGUAGACUGGUGGGCACUUGGAGUUUGCUUGUUCGAAUUUCUAACAGGAAUUCCCCCUUUCAAUGAUGAAACAUCACAACAAGUAUUUCAGAAUAUUCUGAAAAGAGAUAUCCCUUGGCCAGAAGGUGAAGAAAAGUUAUCUGAUAAUGCUCAAAGUGCAGUGGAAAUGCUUUUAACCACUGAUGAUUCAAAGAGAGCUGGAAUGAAAGAGCUGAAACAUCAUCCUCUCUUCAGUGAUGUGGACUGGGAAAAUCUGCAGCAUCAAACUAUGCCUUUCAUACCCCAACCAGAUGACGAAACAGAUACAUCCUAUUUUGAAGCCAGGAAUAAUGCUCAGCACCUGACUGUAUCUGGAUUUAGUCUAUAGCACAUAAAUUUUCCUGUUAGUCUAACCUCGUGUUGUGGAAUAAGCUGACGUAAUUAUAUACUCCUUAAUACUAGACUGAUCUAAGGGCAAAAAUGAUUAUUUUACCUGGGCCAAUGAGCUUGUAAUGUAUGUGACACCUUUCACAGAGUUCAAAGGCUAUAAGGAAUAUAAUCAGUAAUUUAUCUUAAUCUCAUGACUGUAUAUAAAUUUUCAAAGCUUUUUUCACCGUAUUUAUUUUGUUUACUGCACUUUAUGAAAAGCAAAGCAUCAAUAAAACUAGAAUGACACUACUACUAUAGAGAGAGAGCCAUAAACUUGAUUUUCUUUCUCCUUAUCCGUUGAUUUCAGUGCACCAUUCAGCUUGGUGUUAAAAUAUCAAAAAAAUUGUAGUUUCAUUUGAAUGUAAUUUUACUUGCACAUCAUUGCCUGCAAAAGCUGUGGUCUCAAGGACAAUCCUUUAAGGCCACAUUUGUGACCUCAAAAAUGCAACUAGAAAAUUCCUUGGCUCAAUAAUGUAACUCCUUUGGGGAAUGAGCAGUGAAUAAAAGGACUAAGAUUACUUUAUUGAUGAUACAGUUUUGCUGCCCUGACUGCUUCUGGUGCUCGCUCUACAAUAGGUGUUUGUUUAAAAUAGUCCUGGAAUGGUUAGUUGUGAUAUACUCUAGCAAUUUUAAUAGCUUGUUCAAUUAUAAUAGAAAAUGUAAUGCUUUACAUUUAGAGUCAUUUGUUUAAAACAUUAUGAGAAAUGGACUUAUCCUUUUAAAAAAAAAACAAUUUACUUUUGCAUAGUAAAUAUAACUGUAACAAA